AUGCAAGAAACUAAUGGUUGUGGCAAAUUAUUAAGCAUUUCUACUCGAACAAGGCAUAGGAAGCAAGAAAAAAAUCUUCAAAAUUCUUUUCUAAUUUCAAAUAAUACAUCUAACAAUAUUUUAAAUAAUCAAAUAAAUAUUGUUAGUAUGGAGGAUAUUGAGGAAAAUAUUGAACAAAAUUUAGAAAAUGAGGAAUUGGAGGAGAAUGAAUUGGAUAAGGAGAAUGAAUCAGAGAAGGAUGAAUUGAAUAAGGAGAAUAAAUUAGAGGAGGAUGAAUUGGAAGAGGAGUGUGAAUCAGAGGGAAAUGAAUUGGAGGAGAAUGAUUCAGAGAAGAAUGAAUUAGAGGAGGAUGAACUAGAGGAGGAUGAAUUAGAAGAGGGUGAAUUAGAAAGUAGUGAAAAAAUAAGUUCUGAAUCAGAAGAAAGUUUUGAUAAUGCUGAAUUUAAUG